CUUUUGAAGAUUGAAACUUAGAGCCGGGAGGGGUUUUCCAGGAAACGAAAGCGAAAGAAGCGAAGUUCACUUCCCAGAGUCGGGGCGGCCCCGGCAGUACCGGAGAACGAGCGGAGCCGGGAUGGCUGCGUCCCGCUCCUUCCCGCUGCUGGUGGAGGGGUCCUGGGGCCCCGAUCCCCCGAAGAACCUGAGCACCAAGUUGCAGAUGUACUUCCAGAGUCGGAAGAGAUCGGGCGGCGGGGAGUGCGAGGUCCACCAGGAGCCCGGGAGCCCGCCCCGCUUCCUGGUGCUCUUCUUCCCGGAGGACGUUCGGCAAGCUGUUCUGGAGAAAAAGGAUCAUGAGUUAGUAUUGCCAGGAAAAGGAACAUUCAAGUUAACUGUCCGGUUACCCACAGCCUCAGAGGAAGCCCCAGUCUCUGAGAGGAAAAUUUCAACCAAGGAAUCCAAGAGCAAAGAAGAUGUCAAAGAACCAGAUGUGUCAGAAGAACUGGAUACAAAUUUGUCUCUCAAUAGUGCAUCAGAAAAAAUAGAAGUUAUCCCCAAAGAAUGUGAAAACAUUUCCUCUUUGGUGGCAUUUGAAAAUCUCCCAGCAAAUGUGACUGACAUGAUGUUAAUCUUAUUAGUGGAGAACAUAAGUGACUUGACCAGUGAUGAUUUUCAGGUGGAAAUAAUACGGGAUUUGGACAUCGCUGUGGUUACCUUUAAAAGACACAUAGAUGCCAUGACAUUUGUUGGUGAUUGUACCAGGCACCAUACAAUUCAACAACUUCAGCUCUCUCCAAGACUUCUGGAAGCAACAAAAACAAUCAGGGUUGAAAACUUACCGCCUGGUGUUGAUGACUACCAGUUACAACUUUUCUUUGAAAAUCCUCGUAAUGGAGGGGGAAGCAUUGCCCAUGUUGAAUGUUUUCCUGAAGAGAGUGCAGCUCUGAUUGAAUUUUGUGACAGAGAAGUGUUAGACACCAUCAUGGCCAAGAAACAUAACUUCAAUAAGAUGCCGCUGUUUGUCUUUCCCUACUAUACCUCUUUGGGCACAGCAUUGUAUGGAAAGGAGAAGCCUCUGAUUAAACUUCCAGCACCAUUCCAAGAGUCACUGGAUCUUCCCUUAUGGAAGUUCUUUCAGAAAAAUAAUCACUUAAUUGAAGAUAUAAAUAAUGAAAUGAGACGUUGUCACUGUGAGCUAACGUGGUCCCACGUCAACAGUAAAGUUACUAUCAGACCUGCAGCCACUUUAGUCAAUCAAAGAAGACCCAGAAUCAAGGCCUGGCAGGAAGACGCUUCCACAGCACUCUCCGGCAUCAGGUCUAAAUAUGAAGUUACCUCAUUUAAAGUGGAUCCAGUAGUGUGGGACAUCAUAAAAAAUGACUUAGAAGAAGAUAAGAUUUUUAUUGAAUUUGAUUCACUUAAGGAGACUGCAACCUUGGCAGGAAAAUCAGAAGAUGUCCAAAGCAUUGACCUGAAAAUCAAGGAAUUAAUAGAAAGCACCACUGAGAAAAUUAGAAAGGAAGAGCAAAGUCUAAAGGAAAAAAUGACCAUUUCUCCAGAAAGGAAUUUUCUUUUGGAACACAGUGGUGUCCUGCAGCGUCUACGCACGGAGUGUGGAGAGAUGGAGAUCUGUUAUGAUGCAGCCACUCAGAAACUAUUCUUGAAGGGGCCUUGUGCAGAUGUGUAUAAAGUCAAGUGUGAAAUCCAGGAAAAGGUGUUCAGCAUGACCCAGAAAAACAUUCAGGUCUCUCCUGAGGUCUUUCAGUUUUUGCAGCAGGUAGAUUGUGAAGAAUUUUCUAAAUCUCUUUUUAUAGUACAGAAUAUUCUUGCAGUUUUCAAGUUAGAGGGUACAACUGUCCUCUUAACCAGUUUCACUUCCGCAGUCCUGGUGGAAGCUGAAAAACAAAUGCUCCAGACCUUAAAUUAUAAGCACAUUCAGGUUGAGGACAAAGAAGUUCUUAAUGGCAAGAACUGGAAAGGGAUAGUUCAAAGUUUACAAAAGAAACAUAGCUCCUCUGCAAGUAUUGUGGUAGUCAAUGAGUUAACUUCAGGAACUCCAGCUGAGGUCAUCAUUGCAGGCUGUGUGAGAGAAGUAAAUGAAAUCCGUAGCAUGCUUUUUGAUUUCCUGGAAAAACAUGUGAAAAUAGAGAGAUUAGUUCAAGUAGAGCCAUCCUUGGUUAGAGCCUAUUUAAAGGCAGAAAAGCAAUUAUUUUGGUCAAAGGUAAGGAAGGUAAAUGUGCAGGUAGUUUUCAAACAUGAGAACAAACAAAAAGGCAUUUUAUUAAUUGGCUCCAAGAAGGAUGUACUGGAGGGCAUGGACAUUGUCAAGCAAGUCCGGGAUUUGGUCUGCAUUAAAAACGUCUGUAUUGAUAAGCCAGGGGCCAGGCAGUUCUUCCAGGAGAAAGCGCGGUAUUACAAAGGAGAGGUCAGACGGAUGUUUGGUUGUUUCAUUGAACUCCAAGAAGAAGAAGAACAGAAGGUGGUACGCAUCCCUGAUGGGAAGAAGUGCUUGUCUCAGAGGGAUGUGGUCCCUGGAGUUAGACUGAUUGUGCUACAGGGUGACUUGGCUCAGUUUCCUGUUGAUGUGGUGGUGAAUGCAGCAAACGAGGACCUCAAGCAUUCCGGAGGCCUUGCUGCUGCUCUCUUAAAAGCUGCAGGCCCUGAGCUGCAAACUGCUUGUAACCACAUAGUGAAGACAGAAGGCAGACUCCUACCUGGCAAUGUUGCAAUCUCAACAGCAGGAAAGCUCCCUUGCCGCCAGGUAAUCCAUGCAGUGGGGCCCCACUGGAAGCAGGAUGACGCUCCGUGGUGUGUGCAUCUGCUAAGGAAAGCUGUAGAAAACAGUCUCCUUUUAGCUGAGGAAUACAAGUACCAAUCCAUAGCCUUCCCAGCUAUUAGUUCUGGAAUCUUUGGCUUUCCCUUACAACGGUGUGUGGAGACCAUUGUUCGAGCCAUCAAAGAAAACUUCCAAUAUAAGCCAGAUGGGCACACCUUGAAAGAGAUUUACCUUAUGGACGUAUCUGAGAAGACUACUGAGGCCUUUGUCGAAGCCAUGAAAACUGUAUUUAAAGACCCCCCACUUGGUACAGUUUCCCUGCCAGAUAAAGCUUCCUUGCUCAGUGCACCAGCAGCAGUCCAGCCUGUUAAAAUAUCAGAGAACCAGCUAUGUCUGAUAUCCCCGGAGGGCCUAAAGAUCCGGUUGAAGAGAGAAGGUGUGCAGAAAGCUAAGACCGACGUUAUUGUCAACUCCGUUCCCUUGAAACUUGGGCUCGAUGGAGGGCCCCUUUCACAGGCCCUCUUAAAAGAAGCUGGGCCAAAACUCCAGGAGGAAUUGAAUGCAGUUGGACAAGGAGUAAGUGUCAAUGUGGGCACAGUUCUCCAAACCAGUGGUUGCAAUCUGCACUGCCACUGUGUGCUUCACGUGGUGGCUCCGCACUGGAAAGAUGGCAACACAUCUUCACGAAAGAUCAUGGAAGACAUCAUCAGAGAGUGUUUGACGAUCACUGAGAAAUUGUCCUUAAAAUCAAUUGCAUUUCCAGCAAUAGGAACAGGAAAUUUGGGAUUUCCUAAAAACGUAUUUGCUGAACUGAUCACUUCAGAAGUACUCAAAUUUAGUAGCAAAAAUCAACUGAAAAAACUACAAAAAGUUUAUUUUGUGCUGCACCCAAGUGAUCAUGAAAAUAUUCAGGCAUUUUCAGAUGAAUUUGCCAGAAGGAAAARUGGAAAUCUUAGUGACAAAAUCCCCAAGGCUGAAGAUACAAAAGGUUUCUAUGGGACUAUCUCCAGCCCUGAUUUAGGAGUGCAUGAAAUGCCGAUUGGCCCCAUCCUCUUCCAGGUGGCCUCUGGAGAUAUCACCAAAGAGGCAGCAGAUGUGAUUGUAAAUUCAACAUCAAAUACGUUUAAUCUCAAAGCAGGUGUCUCCAAAGCAAUUCUAGAAUGUGCAGGACAAAAUGUGGAGGCGGAAUGUUCUCGAAUGGCUCAACAAGGCAAAAACGAGUAUAUAAUUACAGAAGGUGGAUUACUGAGGUGCAAGAGUAUCAUCCAUGUUGUUGGUGGAAAUGAUAUCAAGAAGUCAGUUUCCUGUGUUUUGCAAGAGUGUGAGAAACGGAAUUACUCAUCCAUUUGCCUCCCAGCCAUUGGGACAGGACAAGCCCAACAAAACCCAGAUACAGUUGCUGAAGGUACAAUGGAUGCCAUUGAAGACUUCGUCCAGAAAGGAUCCGUCCAGUCUGUGAAAAAAGUGAAAGUUGUUAUCCUUCUGCCCCAGAUCCUGGAUGUGUUUUAUGCCACCAUGAAAAAAAGAGAAGGAUCUCAGGCUGCCCCUCAGCAGUCUGUGAUGUCUAAAUUUGCCUCAUUUUUGGGCUUUUCAAAGCAAUCUCCCAAAAAACAGAAUCCCUUGGUUUUGGAAAAGAAAACAGAAUUGGUAGUUUUCCAGGUGUGUGGUGAAAAUAUAAACAAUGUGGACAAAACUAUCUCCUGGCUACAAGAACUCAUUAAAAAGGAGCAGUGUUCUUACACCAGUGAAGAUGAGUGUAUCAAAGACUUUGAUGAAAAGGAGUACCAGAAACUGAAUGAGCUACAGAAGACUUUAAAUAUUACCAUUUCCCUGAACCAGAAGAGACCUUUAAUUGAGGUUUUGGGAAUUAGCAGAGAUGUGCUACAGGCUCGAAAUGAAAUUGAGGAAAUGAUCAAGAGCAUUCGAUUGGCCAAAGAAAAGGAAACCCGGGCAGAUUGCAUCAGUGACUUUAUAGAAUGGCAAUAUGAUGACAAUAACGUUUUUGUUCCUUUUGACAAAAUGACCAGUCUGAAAUUGGAGGAUGCAAGGAGAGCAAAGAAUAAGAACGUUGUUGUCAAAAUUAAUAAUCAGAACUAUACAGUGAAUCUGAACACAUACAUUGCCACAGAUCCACAUGGACACAGUGUAACUAUUCAGCGCCUCACAAAAUCUGAAGUUGAAAUCCCUGAGUACUGGAGUGACAUGAAGCAGCAGAAUUGGUGUGCGGUGGAGCUGCAUCCAAGGGAUCCAGAAUACACCACUGUGGCAAGCAAGUUUAACCAGACCUGCUCACAGUUUGUCAUAGAGAAGAUUGAAAGGAUCCAGAAUCCAGAUCUCUGGAAUAGCUACCAGGCAAAGAAAAAAACCAUGGAUGCCAAGAAUGGCCAGGUACAAAAUGAGAGGCUACUCUUCCACGGAACAGAUGGUGGCUCUGUGCUAUAUGUCAAUGGAAAUGGCUUCAACCGCAGUUAUGCUGGAAAGAAUGCUGUAGCAUAUGGAAAGGGAACCUAUUUUGCUGUUAAUGCCAGUUAUUCUGCCAAUGACACUUACUCCAGACCAGAUGUAAAUGGGAAAAAGCAUAUGUAUUAUGUGCGAGUACUUACUGGAAUCUAUACCCGCGGACACAGUUCAUUAAUUGUGCCUCCUUCAAAGAAUACGCAAAAUCCGACGGACCUGUAUGACUCUGUCACGGAUAAUGAACAAAGUCCAAGUAUAUUUGUAGUAUUUUAUGACUAUCAGGCAUACCCAGAGUACCUCAUAACUUUUAGAUAACAUUUUGGGUUCUUUCUCAAAAGCCAUUGUUCAUUUAUACCUGUCUAGUUGUAAAAACAAGUAUCUGAUUUUUAAAAACCUCUUAACAGCUUUUUCCAAGAUUAAAAUAUCCUUCUGUGGCACUGAAAACUUCUCAGCUUCUCUUUCAUGAUGGAGAUGAAUUAUGUUGAGAGCAAAUAAAUUUGAGAAUUUGGGUGGACAACUGUGUGU